CCCGGGAACCGCUGCGGCGGAGCGGGCGCCUCUGGCUGGGCGCUGCACCCGGGCAGCCCGCAGCCGCUAGCCGGGCAGCCUGCCGCUGGGCUGGACAAGCAACCGCUGUCUGGGUGCUUUCACUUUUAGGGGCACCAUAGGUGGCGCGGGCGUGCUGCAGGGGAUUGGGGACAGUAACCCCGAACGCCGAGCGGUGGCGUUUGCCUGGUUUAAAUAGUUGAAUAAAGUCAAGCUGGUAACCAUGGCUGAAGGAGGAUUUGAUCCCUUUGAAUGUAUUUGCUCUCACGAACAUGCUAUGAGAAGACUCAUCAAUCUGCUCCGGCAGUCCCAGUCCUACUGCACCGACACAGAAUGCCUUCGGGAGUUGCCAGGACCCUCCAGUGACAGUGGCAUCAGCAUCACUGUGAUCCUGAUGGCCUGGAUGGUGAUCGCCGUGCUCCUCUUCCUACUGAGGCCUCCUAACCUGAGAGGCUCCAGCCUUCCUGGAAAGCCCUCCAGUCCUCACAGUGGACAGGACCCGCCAGCCCCUCCCGUGGACUAACGUCCUAGUGAGGGAAGCAGCGAUGGUUUAACACCCUGCCCGACCAAGCGACUGAAGACGACCAGGCAUUAACUGUCUCCUUUUCCAUCUGCAGUUUGGAUGGUAUUGUUUUCAUGAGCUUCUAGAAAUUUCACUUGCCAACUGCCUUUUGCUUCCUGUGUUGCCACAGUCCUUAUUUUACAGUAUACCUGAGUAAAUGAUUCUAUUGAAAAUUGAGGGCUUUAUUGGUUGGCCUAAGCUUAAACAUUCCACUUGUUCUCCCUGGAGCCCUGACCAGAACGUCUGUGGUGGUUUCUGGCCCAACUGAAGGAAAAUCGAGAUUUCUGCAUUUAAGUAUUUUAAGUGGUUUUGAUAGAUUUUAAUUCUUUUCAUAAGGUAUUUAUUUGGGGUUGUCUGGUAUGAGUGACAGAGCCACUCUGUAGUUACUUUACUGUGGCAGUUGAUCCUUGGGUGGCAGUUUUCUGUAGUCCUUGGGACAGAGAGCUUUAGAGCAUUCUCCUUACACCCUCCAGCUGGCUUGAUGGCUAGAAUAGGGAAAUCAAAUUGGUUGUUUACUGAUUUUUUUUAAUUCCCAUUAAAAUUUUCUGAUGUUAAGAAUACUUUAAAUAAACAUGAUUGAUUAAUAUAGUGGUUGGUUUAGAAUCCAUUGCGUGUCAUUGAAAGCCUCUGUAUGCUAGCCGUACUUGGCUCAUGAUAUUCAUUUUUCAAGUGACUGCCUCUUAAGCAAGCUUCUCUUCCAUUCUAACACUUCCCUGUUAAAAUAAAAUCAUCUGUUUGUGGGGCUGACAUUUUAGUACCCAUGGCUUAAUUUCAUACCUUUUUUUUUUAAUUUAAAAAAAAAAACGAGUCUUUCAUUGCCCUUCUGACUUAUGAGGAGAAAAGCCUUUAAUCUGAGGACUUCUUGGUUUAUUCCAAGGGAAAAGAGGAAAAUGACAAAUGAGAAUCUUCUUGUCACCUCUCAACAUAAUUCUGCUUAGUAGUGGGAUGCAGGUGCAUCGGAGUUGGAAGGAGCAUUGGUAACUGAGAUUUCAAAAUGUGUUUAACCAGUCAGAGGUUCAAAAGCAGUGACUACAGACUGCAUUCAAACAGGCCUGCACAUCUGGACGCUUUCCUCCUAGGGAUUUUUUGGGGCCUGACAAAGGAAAGGCUGACCCUCCUUGGUCGGUCAGUCUAGCUGUCACUGAUCAGAGCUGAGAAACUAUUGAUGUGAACUAAAUAAACUUCUACUACAC